ACUCCAAUUUGACAGGUAUCCAAACACAUUUAAGACAACCUCAACUGCCCCUUCCCCAUUUCCCUCAAUAUUUAGUAUUUACAAUUACAACCCAAUUAGUUACUCCCCCCCUUGUCACAGUGAAAGUAAAGAAAGAAAAUGGGGUUUUCAAGAAAAAUGUUGGUUUUGGUUUUAACAUUUGUGGUUGCUGUUUUGUUAAUUCAAGAGAGUAAUGGGGAACCUCUAGUACCCAUACUUUGCAUAUUUGGUGAUUCUGUUGUUGAUUCAGGAAACAACAAUGGCCUUUACACCCUAAUUAGAGCAAACUUCCCACCUUAUGGAAGAGACUUUGUCACCCACCAGCCUACUGGAAGGUUUUGCAAUGGAAAACUUGCCACUGAUUUCACUGCUGAGAAUCUGGGGUUCACAGCAUACCCAGCAGCUUACCUAAGUCGAGCAGCACAAGGGAAGAACCUACUCAUUGGCGCCAACUUUGCGUCUGCUGGUUCGGGUUACGCCGAGAGAACAGCCAGCUUAUAUAGGGCGGUAUCUCUUACGCAACAGUUGGGGUACUACAAGGAGUACCAGAGUAAGGUGACAAAAAUGGUGGGGAUUGAGAAAGCAAAAGGGAUGUUCUCAGGUGGAAUUCAUCUUCUCAGUGCUGGAAAUAGUGAUUAUCUUCAGAAUUACUACAUCAAUCCUUAUAUCUACAGACAGUAUACACCUGAUCAGUUUGCUGAUCUUCUUAUGACCUCCUUCUCUAACUUUGUCCAGACAUUGUAUGGGCUUGGAGUAAGAAGGAUAGGAGUAACAAGCUUACCGCCAAUGGGUUGUUUGCCAGCAGCCAUUACCCUUUUUGGAGGAGGAAGCAACCAAUGCGUAGAAAGACUUAACAAGGAUGCUGCUUCAUUUAACAGCAAACUUAAUGGCAUGGCACAGAGCUUGCAGUCAAAACAUGCUGAUUUAAAAUUGGUGGUCUUUGACAUCUACCACCCUCUCCUUGAUAUGAUAGCACAUCCCAUGGAAAAUGGUUUCUUUGAAGCAAGGAAAGCUUGCUGUGGAACAGGGACAAUAGAGACAUCCUUGCUUUGCAAUGAAAGGUCUGUAGGGACAUGCUCCAAUGCCACACAGUAUGUCUUCUGGGACGGGUUUCACCCUUCUGAGGCGGCAAACAAUGCACUGGCUGGUGUUCUCCUAACUCAGGGAUUUCCCCUGAUUGGUUAAAUCACCACGAAACACUUCAAGUAUUCCUUCAUCCGUAUCAAUGCAGACAGGGCUUUGGUCAACCCUGCUUCUUUGGCAGACGUAAUUUAUUUGAAUUGAAGGAGUGUAAUUUAAGAACUAGUUAAUUUUGCUCUUUGUAAACCAUGUGGGGCUUAGUAACAGUUUAGUAGUAGAAGACAUCAUCAUAUUGCUAAUAUGAAGGGUCCGUCACUGAAUCCAAGACAAUUCAUAUUAGCUUUGCAGUCUAUGAUUAUCACUUAUUAGUUAUUACCAUGCACCUUUUCUUCUUA